GUAAUCGUAAAAAAUUGACGAAUCAUAGGCUACGGUCCAUUUGUGGACCGACAUCAUUGUGGACCGAGACAUAGAUAUUUAAUCUUUAAGCCGUAAUUCUUAAAGCUUAAAUAACCUAUUGUGGAUUGACACUAAACCAACCCUAACCCUUAAUCUGGAAAGUUAAUAUUAAUGCUUUAUGUCUUGCUUCGCAAAACAAAGCGACGCAUUUUUUUACUCAAAUCUUUGUUUUUAUGCAAAAACACAUCGAUUAGUAUAUUUUUAUCGAAAUCCAAAAUAAGCGAGUUAAAAUAAACAUUUUUUUCUAUCUAGAAUAAAACUCUUGUUUGCAGAACAGAAAUACAGAAUCAUGCAGCAUCAAUACCUUUCGCAGCAGAAACGUUUAAUGGAAGCUUUCCGCACAGAUUGUCAAGCGCUUAUAACACGUUUCGAAUUAUCUUAUAAUACUCACUUUCAAAAUUUCUGUGAGAUCUGGAAGGAUAUGCAAUUUGGCUUGGUUUUUGCCUAUCAUCCUUCCGAAGCAGCUUUAACUGUGUUUUGCGAAGAAGCUCUUUGUAUAACAAAGCAAUUUUUAGUGAAUGCAUCCAGUUUAAAGGAACGUAUUGGAGCUUUAUAUCUUACAUAUGGAAUAUAUUAUAAAAUGCCAAUAAGGCAACUGAAGAUUAGAAUGACUCUGUCAGAUUGGAAUCGUUUGAUGGAAUUGCAUAAUCAAAUCAAAGAGGAAGAAUAUCUUGACGCUAAUUACAUUUUAUGCAAACUGAUCGUCGAUCGUGCAUUUAUUCAUUGCAUUAGUGAUAGAGAGUAUGGUAUUGAGAGGCACUUUUAUAAAAAAUUAGAACAGCCUAAGUUGGAUGUCAAUUUAAUGCCAGAAAUCAAGGAACUAGCAGCACCAGGAAAACUUUUGUCAACUAUCAGCAAAUUAAGCAAAAUUUAUGAAGAAAAAAAGCGUGCUUUAUAUGAUGCAGAAGAAGAUACUAGUCUGCAAUUUUAUGACGCUAGUACAGCAGAUAAUAUUAUUGAUGAUAUUCGCACGAUACAGUCAGAAAGUAGAAUAUUUGUCAAAUCCAAUGAGACAAGUGCCAGCUGUAGUAAAGCGUCAUCGGCGUUGAGCGAAAUCCAGAAAAAUCAUAAGCGCAAUGUCCGUUUUCGCAAGAAUCAGAUCUUGGCCAAGAUAGGACGAGCAUUUGAGAAAGGAUUAGAAUCUGAAGAUGAGUCAGAGACAGAUCCCCUAGAUGAGAUGUGAAAAAUAUUCUGUAUGUAUGAGUGUGUAUGUAUGUAUGAGUGUGUAUGUAUGUAUGUAAUUCAAUAAUUGAUUCAAGUAUGGAUAAAUAUUAAUUUAGAUAUAAAUAAAAAAAGAAACAUUACAAAUCUUUUUUUAAUCUUAGUUUAAAUUUAUAAAUAAAACUGCACUGUGGAAUUGCAAAGA